AGUCAAGUCCCCCAAGUCGAGAGUUUUGUUUCGUUCUCUCUGUGCUGUGGAAAUCGUUGGCAGUGGAGGUAGAGGGCCAUUUUUCAGGUGCGACCGUCGACCCUUGAGCUGGUUGAGUUGAACAUGAGUUCCAAAGGCAACUACUAUGUUGUAGUUGAAUUCAAAGAUGAAGAGUGCAACGGCCAACUGCCACUGGCAAUUGUACCCGAAAGCUGGGUAUUUAAAGAACAGUCGUUCUUUUUUUGCUACUGGUCAAAAUAUCAAAAUCAAAACAAACUUAAUAAACUGAUUAUUGAUCAAGGCGAAAUAGAUUUUGAAUUGAGUCAAAAAUGCCCAAUUAAUAUUAAGUAUAAAUCAAGGCUAUAUUCCCAGGCUGUGGAAAAGAUGAAGAAACUUGAAGAUUGCUCGAGUGUGUCCCAAACUGAUGAUGAAACUGAUGCUGAAAUAAAGCUGCCAAAUAAUAAAAAAAGAUACAUUCAAAAAAAUAGGCGUAACGAAGAGUUUAAUGUAGAAAGUGCUGAAAGUGAUGAAUCUGACGAGUUGCCAGCUGCUCCACAACCGUUGAAAAUUCCACAACAAAAGAAUAAACCCAAAGAGACACCUUCUAAGCAAUUAAAGAUACUCAGGCCUAUCAAAAAUCCAAACCCCAUCAGUUCUAAUGACUCUGAACAAGAACUGUAA